AUGCUGGCGUGCAGGCUCUGGACAGCCAUUGUCAAGGCGCUGUUUGCCGAGUUCCCGGCCACAGGGCUGUAUGUGUUCUUUGGCAUGGGCUCGGUGCUGCGCUGGCCCUCGGCACUCCCUUCCAUACUGCAGGUUGCCAUCACCUUCAACCUGGCCACAGCCAUGGCUGUGCAGAUCACAUGGAAGGCCAGCGGGGCCCAUGUCAACCCUGCCGUGACGCUGGCUUACCGCACAGGCUCCCACAUCUCCCUGCCCCGAGCUGUAGCCUAUGUGGCUGCCCAGCUGGCAGGGGCCGUUGCAGGGGCUGCUCUGCUUUACGGGGUCACUCCAGGAGACAUCCGAGCGACCCUUGGGAUCAACGUGGUCCAGAGCAACAUCUCUGCAGGCCAGGCUGUGGCCGUGGAGCUGAUACUGACUCUGCAGCUGGUGCUCUGUGUCUUUGCUUCCACUGACAAUCGUCAGACCUCGGGCUCUCCUGCCAUCAUAAAUGGGAUCUCAGUGGCAUUGGGCCACCUCGUUGGGAUCUACUUCACCGGCUGCUCCAUGAACCCCGCCCACUCCUUUGGGCCCGCUGUCAUCUUUGGGAAGUUCACAGUCCACUGGAUCUUCUGGGUGGGACCCCUGACAGGGGCUGUCCUGGCUUCACUGAUCUACAACUUCGUCCUAUUUCCCGACACCAAGACCCUGGCCCAGCAACUGGCCAUCCUCACAGGCGGCACUGCGGAGGUGGAGAGUAUGCUAGGGGUGCAGCCCCAGAAGAAAGAGUCCCAGUCCAGUCUAGGUGACACCGAAAUGGAGAGUGUGUCAGAUGACAUAGACCUCAGUCCUGACCCUCAGGCUUCGGAGAGGUGCCCUGGAGGUGGGCAGCAUGCCUUGCAUAACCUGACUUGA